CUUUCGUUCUCAAACCCAAAAAUUGGCAGAGAAUUUCAAUUCCAAAAACCUCCCAAAUUCCAAUGCAACAAUCAUAGUAAUCCAUCAAACACCCAAAUCCCCUUUUCCCCUCACAAUUGGCGAUGUCAGGUCCAUCGCUCAUGGAUUCCCUGUUCCAACGCAGUUUAGAGGACCUAAUCAAAGGCCUAAGACAACAGCUGAUCGGCGAGCAAGCUUUCAUCUCCAAAUCCCUCGAAGAAAUCCGCAAGGAGAUCAAAUCGACUGACCUCUCCACCAAAUCCACAGCUCUCCUCAAGCUCUCCUAUCUCUCCAAUCUCCACUUCCACGACAUGUCCUUCGCCGUUUUCCCCGCCUUGGAAGUACUCUCUUCCCCUCGUUUCUCCCACAAGAAGAUUGCUUACCACGCGAUCUUGCUUUCCUUCCACGAUUCCACUCCCAUUCUUCUCCUCAUUACCAAUCAUCUGCGUAAGGAUCUUAACAGUACCAAUGAGUUCGAAGUAAGUCUUGCUCUUCAAUGCUUGUCUAGAAUCGCUAACGUUGAUCUCGCUAGAGAUUUGACCCCGGAAGUUUUCACUUUACUGUCUAGUAAUAAGCUUUAUGUUCGGAAAAGGGCCGUAGCUGUAGUUUUAAGGGUUUUUGAGAAAUACCCGGAUUCCGUUAGGGUGUGUUUUAAGCGUUUAGUUGAGAAUUUAGAGAAUUCUGAUCCACAGAUUUUGUCGGCGGUUGUUGGGGUGUUUUCUGAACUUGUUUGUAAAGAUCCCAAAUCGUAUCUUCCUUUGGCACCCGAGUUUUAUAAGAUUCUGGUUGAUUCAAGCAAUUGGGUUUCAAUUAAGGUCUUGAAGAUUUUUUCUAAGUUGGCUCCUCUUGAACCGAGGCUAGCAAAACGGGUUGUUGAGCCGAUUUGUGAUCUUAUGAGGAAUACUGGGGCGACGUCAUUAUUGUUUGAGUGCAUUAGGACUGUGGUUACUAGUUUAAGCGAGUAUGAAUCUGCUGUGAGGCUUGCGGUUGGAAAGGUUCGUGGGUUUUUGGUGGACGAGGAUCCAAAUCUUAAGUACCUCGGAUUGCAGGCUCUUAGGAUUGUAGCUGAAAAGCACUUGUGGGCUGUGGCGGAGAAUAAGGAAGUUGUAAUUAAGUCAUUGAGUGAUGCGGAUCCUAAUAUAAAGAUUGAAUCCUUGCGUCUUGUGAUGGCAAUGGUAUCUGAACAUAAUGUGUCUGAAAUGUCCAGGGUUUUGGUCAAUUAUGCACUUAAAUCUGAUCCCGUGUUUUGUAAUGAGAUUCUUGGUUCUAUUCUGUCAACUUGUUCGAGGAAUCUUUAUGAGAUUAUUGUUGACUUCGAUUGGUAUGUAUCACUUCUUGGUGAGAUGUCUAGAAUCCCACAUUGCCAGAUGGGAGAUGAAAUUGAAAACCAGUUAAUUGAUAUUGGUUUGAGGGUCAAGGAUGUUAGGCCAGAACUUGUUCACGUUGCUCGUGAUUUGCUGAUUGAUCCCGCCUUACUUGGAAAUUCUUUCUUGCAUGGUGUAUUAUCUGCUGCAGCUUGGGAAUCUGGAGAAUAUGUUGAGUUUUCCAGGAACCCAUUAGAACUCAUGGAAGCACUAUUACAGCCUCGCACUAAUUUGUUGCCACCAUCUAUAAGGGCAAUUUACAUUCAGUCUGCCUUUAAAGUGUUAGUGUUUUGCCUGCAUACUUGCAUUAUGCAAGGGGAAAGUAUUGCUCCCUCUGCAUCCCUGGAUUAUUUGCCUUCUGGAGUUUCAGCAUCUGCUUCCUACGAAUUAUUUGACGAUUUUUCUGUUGAAAAUGGUGCAGAUGCGACUGUUGUACAUGGCCAGACACGUGCUUCUGCUCCUAUCACCGAGGAGUCCAUUGUAGACCUAUUGAAUCUGGUUGAGUUAGCUUUUGGCCCUCUAUUAGGAAGCCAUGAUGUGGAAGUACAGGAGAGAGCACGAAAUUUGCUUGGUUUUGUUGAUUUGACAAAACCGGAAAUUCUGAAUUCUUCUAUUCAAGAAAAAAAGGAUUCAGAGGGAAAAGGAGUGGAAACUUCCAUCAUCAAACUGAUGCAUGAUGCCUUUUCCAAGGAGCUUGGACCUGUUUCUUUAAGUGCACAGGGAAAAGUUUGUCUACCAAAUGGGCUAGUGCUUAAGGAGAACCUCAGUGACUUGGAAAUGAUAUGUGGUGAUAUUGAACCAUCUUCAUCGAACUCAUUUUCUUUUGGAAAUCCUAAUGAGGAGAAGGAUGGGUUGUCUUUUUCUAGCCUUCAGAUUAAAGAAGACUCUGAACAACCACACGAGUCCACUUCGCUGUUGGCUGAGCAUCGUAAGCGCCAUGGGUUGUAUUAUCUUCCUUUGAGAAAGAGUGAAAUAAUUUCAAAUGAUUAUCCUCCCGCCAAUGACCCCACAUUACAGGGUGAUAUCAAUGAUAAUGCUGAUCAUCUUGUUAAACUCACAGCGGAAUCACUUGUUCCCAAGAGAAAACCGAACCACAGCAAGCCUAGGCCUGUGGUGGUGAAAUUGGAUGAAGUGAAUGAGAAACCUGUUGCAAUGAAGCAGCCUGAGUCGAGAGAUAAUUCACUUUCGGGUGCUGUUCGUGAAGUUCUUUUUGGUAGUGAAGAUAUUCUACCCACUUCGUCUCAAAGCAACCUUUCUAAUUCUAGCAAGAGAAAAGGAAAGGAAAAACAACAUACAGAUCCUCAUGUGGAAUCAAAAGAAAGUGCAGUUGGAGAUGGAAAUUCUAGUUCAAGAAGGAGAAGUCAAGGUAAAGAGAGAAGACAGAGAAGUCCAAGGAAGAAAAAUGACGAGGAAAGAAAAGAUACUGUUCAGAAAGAAAAAAAGAACCGUAGUGGUAGGCAUAAAUCAAUACAAAGAGCCGAGGAGCCUUUGAAAGUUCCUGCACAAACGUCAGUGAUUCCUGAUUUCCUUCUAUAGCAUCAAAAUUUUUUUAUCCGUUUGUCAGAAACUGCUUAAGAGAAAUUGGCUGAUAAAUCAUCCCUUGUAUUCUGCCUUCUUGUGUGCUCAAGGUUAGUUCUACUGUAAACCUAUAGUUUAUGUUUUUAUCUGGGGUUUGUGGUUUAUUGGAAUUUGAACACUGGAAUUGUAUUUGGAUGUUACACAUUUCGAAAUUCAAUUUU